AUGAAGACAGCCUUCUUCCUUCUCUGUGGAGUUUUGCAGUGCUUCUACUCCCCAGAGGCCCGCUCAGGUGAUGGCUGUGGGCACAUAGUGACCUCUCAGGACAGUGGCACGGUGACAUCUAAGAAUUAUCCAGGGACUUAUCCCAAUCACACUGUGUGUGAAAAGACUAUCACAGUCCCGAAGGGGAAGAGACUUAUUCUGAGAUUGGGAGAUUUGAACAUUGAGUCCAAGACCUGCGCUUCCGACUAUCUUCUCUUCACCAGUCCAACGGAUCAGUACGGUCCAUAUUGUGGGAGUUGGGCUGUUCCUGAGGAACUCUGGGUGAACUCAAAUGAAGUGACUGUUCGAUUCCAGAGUGGAUCUCACAUUUCUGGUCGGGGCUUUCUGCUGGCCUAUGCCAGCAGUGACCAUCCAGAUUUAAUAACCUGUUUGGAACGAGGCAAUCAUUAUUCGGAGGAAAAAUACAGCAAAUUCUGCCCCGCUGGUUGUAGAGACAUAGCAGGAGACAUUUCUGGGAAUAUGAAAGAUGGCUACAGAGAUACCUCUUUAUUAUGCAAAGCUGCCAUCCAUGCAGGGAUCAUCGCAGACGAACUAGGUGGCCACAUCAACCUGCUGCAGAGCAAAGGCAUCAGUCAUUAUGAAGGAGUCCUGGCCAACGGUGUGCUCUCCCGGCAUGGCUCCCUGUCGGAAAAGCGCUUUCUGUUUACCUCCACAGGAAUGAAUAUUACAACCAUAGUUAUUCCGGCAGUGAUCUUCGUCAUUCUCCUUCUGGCUGGAAUGGGGGUCUUUGCUGUCUUCAGAAAGAGGAAGAAAAAAGGAAAUCCGUAUGUAUCAGCAGAGGCUCAGAAAACAGGCUGUUGGAAGCAGAUUAAAUAUCCCUUUGCUAGGCAUCAGUCGACGGAAUUUACCAUCAGCUAUGACAAUGAAAAGGAGGUGACACAAAAGUUGGAUCUUAUCACUAGUGUUAUGGCAGAUUAUCAGCAGCCUCUCAUGAUUGGCACUGGAACAGUCACGAGAAAGGGCUCUACCUUCCGGCCCAUGGACACAGACACCGAGGAGGCCAAGGUGAAUACUGAGGCCAGUGGCCACUAUGACUGUCCACACCGCCUGGGCCGCCAUGAGUAUGCAUUGCCCUUGACGCACUCGGAACCGGAGUACGCCACACCCAUCGUGGAGCGACACCUGCUGCGAGCACAUACCUUUUCCACGCAGGACGGCUACCGAGUCCCCGGGCCCAGGCCCACUCACAAACACUCCCUUUCCUCCGGAGGGUAUCCCCUUGCUGCAGGAGCCAUCCAGAGCAAAGGCUAUCAGAGGCCAGCAAGCCCCAAGCCUGUGGGUGGUGGCUAUGACAAGCCUGCUGCCAGUAGCUUCUUGGACAGCAGAGACCCCUCCCCUCAAUUGCAGAUGACUCCUGGGGUGAAUGAUGGUUAUUUAGCACCCAGAAACGGCCUUGCACCCCUCAACCAGAUGGCCAUGACUGCUCUUUUGUGAACCCAAUGUGAAAAAAACCUGCUGUGGUACUGAGCGUGCUCUGCGGCGAGUCACUGGAAGAAGUGCGCGCAUGCGUGUGUGUCUCUUCAGGAUCCUAGAGAUAACCUCACUCACUGUUUACAGAUCUGAGCAGCGGGUUUUGUUCCGACCCUGCCGCAGAGCCGCUUGGUUUCUGUCGUGCUAGAACAAGGAGACCUUUUCUCGUUGCUAACUGUGAUGCUGUGCUGUAAAAUGUGCAAUUUGUAUAGUCAUAUUUAACAUGAAUUAAAGUAAGGAAGGUUGUGGUGUUUGUUUUCUACACAGGGGUGAAGCAGAAAACUUGGGAUUUGCAGAGAUGUGGUAGUAUAUCUUCAUGUUUCUCAGUGUGUUUGAUUAUCUGACACUGUUAGCAGCGGGUCUGUUUAAAAACAGAAAAAAACAAACAAAAACCCAUCUGGUUGUGGUGGCUUGUUUCCUUUUUGAGAAACUAAAACCAUUUUUUUUAAGCCUUCUUUCUCCUGGAAGAAACGAAAUUACUUGAAAUAUGAAAAGCACAAGGGGCAGGUGACCAUUAGCUCUGGCAGCUGCAACAGAUUAUGCAAGCAAGCACAUCAGCUCAGCAGCUGCUGCAGCCUGCUUCCUGGGGCUCUUCUUGAGAGUGAGGACAGCCCAGUGUUCUGGGCCUGUGUGGGACCCAGCUGCACUGGGAGGGACUUCCUUCUCUAAGGAAAGGGCCUGGCCUUAUUGCACAGUGUUCACAAGCAAAUCUGACCUUCCAGGGUGUUGAGAUCAAGGCAACCGGCGCUUUUUCUUCACAACUUGUAAUGAAGGUAGCAGAGCAAUUGUAGCUCAGGGGACAGCCAGGUAGUUCUAAACCUCAGAUUACAAACGUAGCUGAGCUCUAAAAGGCCCCCUUCUCACAACAUUCUCCAGAAACAGUGUAUGUCGGUGACUUCCAUUAUCCCUGGAAAACAAACAAGCCAAUGUUAUUUGAAACAUGUUCUUUCGAGUGUCUGAGCAGAGCUUUUCCAGUGGAGAGCUGGUAACUGAACUGGUGGUGUAAAAAGCUGUUUUCUCCUAAAUAUGUGAUUAUACUUAGAGUAGCCCAGGGCUCAGCUGUACCUCAUGUUCGGUGUUGUUUCCCCUGAGUUUGCUCUGUGAAUUAACUGGGGGAUUUAACCUCUUUUGCCAAAGAGGAAAAAGUAUGUGUCUUGUUUGUUAAUAGGAAAUAUGGACCAAAAAAAAAACAAAACAAAACAAAACAAAAUCAUUCCUUUAAAAAAUUGUAAGCCUAUUUGUAUGAUUGUCAUUUUCUAUCAAUUAUAUCUGUGUUAAAAUAGGGUGCUGAAAGGUCAUGGCAGACUGUAUGGUUAUAGUGGACGAUAAACCAUUUACUUAAUGGAGUUUACAUGAUUUAGUGUGUAUACUAAUUAUAAUAAACUAUGCCAAAUCAGAGA